ACACUAUAAGUAUGUGGAAUAACGCUCUUUUAGAUGAUAAAUCAACUGAUUUAAUUGCACAAAUAAGGAAAGCAAAUGAAAUACUUGAAUCCAGCAUAACGAUGCCAUCUCAUUUCGAAGAAAUUUAUUCAGACAGACUCUUCAAUCCUUUAUGUGUUACAGAUUUAGGUGAGAAUGACAGCAAAAGCUUAUUGAUUAUGGAUCCAUACCUCAUCCCACAAGUUGACAUUAUUGAUGUUGAAAAAGAUAAACAU